UUGGUCUUUCAGCUGCAUGAUUUAGCUUUUCUUCAUGUUCUCAGCAUUUUCACUUUCGCAAGAGCAUCUACAUCGUUUUUUCUUACCUCAUACUAGGGAAAGGCGGAUCAUGCUUUUCUAGUCUCAACAGACAAGCUUACUGACGAAGAAAUCCACUGAGCAGUACGUAGGAAGAGAGCUUGAAGAUUUCGAAUAGGUCGGGAAGAACAACAUCUACACAACCAAGGACAAGAUCAAGAUGGGGUCUGCGUGGUCUCGCAAGAACAAGGAUGACCCUUGUUAUUUGAACUACUUGAGUUACCUCGACUGCGAACGUAAAAUAGAGGACUUGAUAGGCUUCCCAGGCGGCUCACUGGGCCUAAAUAGCGUCGCGGAGGCAUUGUGGAAAAGUCGAUACUUCCAGCGUAUAGUAGAGCUGGAUCUGAAAUUGGCACCGCCGGGGCGUCUUGCCCUUCCCUGGAAAGUAUUGUCGGCGGAGGAAUCGGAGGAGACAAAAAUGGAUUUAGCCAAGAACUUACUAAUCUUCAUGGCCAAAAUCGACCUCCUCCGACCGAAGAUCAUGCAGGGCAAAUCGCUAAAGGCGGACGAGCGGUUCAGAACAACGUACGAGAGGGCUCGGGCGGUCUUCGACAGUAACUGUCACUCAGGAGGCGCAGCAGGUUAAGACCAAAGCAACCGAUAUUAUCAGAAGAUCUCCAAAAUCUGAUCGGUCUAAAUUUCAUGAGUAAGAAGGCCGUGAAUUUCGUGGGCCUUCUGCUGUUCCACUUUUCUGAGUCUCAUGGUGAUGAAAAUGAUGGGCAAGAAGAUCAGGACCAUCAAGCACAGAGCAAAGACAGAAGAAAAGCGACAAGGUGAACCGGAUCUGCCGCAUGACUGAACGGCAACAACAUGCGCGCGCCCUCAUUCUUUUCAUGUUGCAAAUGAAACAGGCCGGGCUUACAUUUAAGGGGGGCACAAGGUGAGCCAACUUCUUCAGCCGUACAGAGUCCGCGCCCAUAGACAGCGGACCGCUAAGCUUUUAGGCCUUAAAGCGCCG